AUGGGACAAGCUUUGCGCAGAAGGAUUGCGGCACCUGUGAUGGAGCAGGUGGCUAGAGCACCACCAGUGAGUUCGGAACAGGGUGGUGCUCUCAUUCUCCCUCGUGUUGCUCAAUCUAUGUCGGAGUGGGCAUCGAGGCCAAGGACGCAGACAGUGCAUCAAGUGGGGUUCUUCGUCAGCUCACUGGGCGGGGUGGGAGGCGACUUUUGGCCCCUGGUGUGGGGGACGCGCUGCGCUCUCAGAGGUAUUACCUGGACCUGGUCCCUGAUGACAUCGAACCGCGAGGCAAUCCGGGAGGCGAAGGCUGGCGUGAAUCUGAUGCACCAGGUGAAGUUGGACAUCAUUAUCAAGGAGGACGGGUAUCUGAGCGCAAACCACCUGGGUUGGAGCAGGAAGAACGCGUUGACGAUGCUCAACGGGAAGGUCGCUUGGAUCCUGGAGGGUGUUUUGGGGGCUUCGCAAGGUGAGGUUCCUGGAGAAGCACGCCAAGCCGGGCUUCGAUGUCAAAACUGGCGUGGAGAUUCCGUUGAUGCCUGA